AUGCGUCCGUCACCAUCCACCCCCGCGGCCCUGCUCGCCGCCAGCCUUGCCAGCCUCGCCCACGCCCACUCUUGGAUCGAGGAGCUCUAUCGCAUCGCCCCGGGAGGCGCCUACACUGGGGACCCCGGCUACGCCCGCGGCUGGGUCUCGCGCGACUCCAAGGACCCCGCUUGGAACGACAAGAUCCCGCAGUGCCUGCUGCCGCCGGCCGGCCAGGCCGCCUACAGCGGCAACGAGAUCCUCAACAAGUACAAGGCCGAGGCGGCGCCCAAGUUCCCCCUGCUCCAGGCCGCGCCCGGCGACCACAUCGCCAUCAUCCACCUCGAAAACGGCCACACCUCGCUGCCGCAGAACCAGCCCAAGAAGCCGCUCAACCGCGGCACCGUCUUCAUCUACGGCACCGCCGACCCCAAGCCCGAGGAGCGCCUGUUCGACGUCCACCUGCUCUGGAACCGCGCCGGCACCGGCGGCGACAAGCGCGGCAAGCUGCUCGCCACCCGCAACUACGACGACGGCCAGUGCUACCAGCCCAACCCGGGCGAGAUCAGCAACCAGCGCGCCAAGGCGCUCGCGGCCGCCGGCGCCAGCCACGACCGCGAGCUGCGCUGCCAAGAGGACAUCCAGCUGCCCAACGACCUCAAGCCCGGCUCGACCUACACCCUCUACUGGUACUGGGACUGGCCCGACCUGGACCCGGCCCACAUCAAGGUCGAUGACACCAAGAACGGCAUCUUUCCCUGGGCCGGCACGUUUAUGCGCGGUGAAAAGGACCCCCACGGCUUCACCAUGGCCGCCAUUGCCAAGAACGAGAGCUACUCGAGCGUCGCCGACAUCAAGAUUGUCGAGGCCGCCCAGCUCCCCGGUGCCGGCGCCAAGGCCGCUGACGCGGGGCCCGGCAACAUCUACACGCAGGCCAUCAAGGCGCAGAUGACGGGCAACUAUCAAGUCGAUAUUGACGCCAACCUAGCCGCCACCGGCGGUGCCCCAGCCGCCACCGGCACCGGCGGUGCGCCUCCUGCCCGCUCCGUUCCUUCCAGCCCGACCACCGGCAACGGCGGCGCCGCCACAGUCACAGUCACGGUGACCCAGACGAUGCCCUGCACCGUCACCGCCACCGUCUACGUUACCAAGUCGGGCGCCGGGCCCGAACCAUCGCACCCCAAUGUGUACGUGGCCGCCCGCGCCGCUGCCGAGACCCUCGUGUCGAAUGCGGUUAUCGACGCGGGGCGGCCCAAGACCACGAACCCCUCUACGCCCGGCCGAGCGGCCCGGAGAAACCGCCAUUUUGGGCAGUAA